AGUGUUGAAAUUGUGUAAAUUGAUUAAAAUAAAAUUUUCUUUAGUUUGGUGCUUUUUAGCUUUCAUGUCUAUCAAUUUAUAAGGCUAACAGAUGUUAACCAGCUGAAGCAUCAUCCUCCAUUGAAGCUGACUUCACCUUCUUCCUCUAUUGAAGUUGUCAUCUCUUUUUUCCUCCAUCUUCUUCUUCCUUUUCGCAAUCUCCACCCCCUUCACCAACACCAUCACCUCGGGCGUUUUUGCCGCCAAAAUAAACGAAAAUUCUAUCGAAAAGGGUGAAAUUAAGAGCAUGGUCAACCUCAAAAGGUAGGGGGGACCAUGUCUUUCAUUGAAGCCUUGUUAAAAUUGAUUUUGUCCAUUAAAGCUCUUUGUUACUUCGUCCUUCAUUAACGGCGACCGAUAUUGACAACUACAGUAACGAAAGUUUCCGCUGUUAAAUAAACCUGAUAAAUUACCAUGCUGCCCAAACUUGUUUAAUGUAAUUUAUUAUUUUAACCCUAGAUAAACGCUACAUGUUUAUCAUGAACAUAAACUUGUUUUCUCAAGAAAUAUCGUUACCGCGCUCAUUCAUGAACAAAAUCCAAUAUCGUUACCGCGCUCGUUCAUGAACAAAAUCCAAUAUCGUUACCGCGCUCGUUCAUAAACAAAAUCCAAUUUACAAAAUAAAAACAUAAUCCCACCCAACUUAAUAAUUGAAACUAUCGCCUCCACUAACUCUUUCCACAAAUGUGUCCCAUUUCAUGUGAUAUGGGUCUCUCGUCUCUCAGUCUUAUGUAUAACUUGCCUAGGGAUUUAAGAAACACUUCAAAAAAAUUGUAAAAAAAAAAAAUUUGUACAAAAAAAAAAAAAAAAAAAAAAAACCAAUUCUUCUCAAAAAUAAAAAUGGUAAAAAGGAUUUCAGAGUCAAUCACAUCACAGAAAUGACACUAACACAGUGCUUGUAUUCAAAUUUAUAAACGGUUAUUUUCCUCUUAUAGAGUUCACCCUUCACAAUUUCCCUCCUUUUAGAGAUCCCUCUGCUUCGCUCUCCUCAAUUUCCACUGUUCUUAUACCUUCAAUACUUCCAAAAAAAAAAAAAAAAAAAAAAAAAAUGAGAGUAGCAAAGAUAAAAAAAAUGGGUGCUGAUAAUUCUUCUCAGAAAAAAGCAUCAAUGUCAAAGACGGAGUUGAAGGCUGCCUUAGUGGCGAAAAGACUUGCUAUGCUUGAAGAUGAUCAACUUACUCCCCCGCCCCAUGCCACUAAUGACAAUUAAAGACGAUACACUCUCUGAAGACAAUGUAGUAUUAAGGUCUUCGAAAAAUCGAACAAAAUUUGGAAGGCACAAGCAAGCAAGGAUUGUAAGUGACAACGAGUCCUCAGAAGAUAAAGAGCUCAUGGCUUCUACUCCACCGCGAAAGAAAGGAAGUACUAAGCGGAAGAGAAUCAAAAGCAUUGUGAAGGCUAUAGGUGAUCCAAGAACACCAAAAUUAAGUAAGAAGAAGAGGAUCAAAAGCAAUGAUUUAUCUAUCGAUGAGAAAGUCAAGGCUACUAAUAAUUCAAGAGCAAAAAAGAUUCAAAGAAUGGACUUAAGUGUUCCUUUAUCAAUGGAUGACAAGUCCUCUUCCAUGAAGCGAGCAGAAGAGGUCCAAGCAAAUCUGUCAGCAGAAUCUCCUAGCUUUCUCAAAACAAUGUUGAAAUCACAUAUUACUGGGGGAUUUUGGUUGGGUCUGCCGAGGAAAUUCUGUGAUGAGCAUCUGCCAAUUCGUGACUGUACCGUAGUGUUGGUGGAUGAAGCUGGAAAGGGAUUUGACACCGUUUAUCUAGCAGGGAAAGGAGGUCUUAGUGGCGGAUGGAGGGGAUUUUCCAUCUAUCAUGAAUUGCUUGAGGGCGAUGUGUUGGUCUUUCAUCUAAUUGAACGUACAAAAUUUAAGAUUUAUAUAAUAAGAGAACAGAGUUUUGGUGAAGUCGAUGGUGCUUUAGGGCUCCUAACCUUGGAUUCGAGGGUAGGAGAGCAGAAAUCAGAAGGCCAUACUGAAAUGGUACAAACUGAAGACAACUACACUGCAGUGGACCACCUGUCCCUAAGCAGCAGUGAUGUUGAUUUGGGCUCCGAAGUGCUUGAUGGGAUCCGCUUAUCAGAUUCUUCCAUCAAGUUUGAAGGAGUGAGCGACCUCAAGAACUUUAACAUCAUUGUCGAUGGCCUCAUAUUAGACUCCAAAUUCAAUGACAGUACACGGAAGAAGUACUAUGAGCUCUGCUGCAACCAAAGAUCUUUUCUGCAUGAGCGCUUUCUGAAGGGACUGAACUGCCAUUUAGUGGUUGGGAUUAUUUCAGAGACUGUUAACAUUGCAGAUGCCAUCAGAUCCUAUGAGGAAGCUCCUACAUCUCAUGAAGAUCUUCAGAGUUGGGAGAAAACAUUGAGGGGGUUCGAGUUGCUAGGCAUGAAAGUAGAGUUCUUGCUUGCUUCGGUUAACAAACUUCUUGGCCAUUCUGUGGAAUCUGAAGUAGUUAAUGUACCAAACAUGUUGAAAGAAAGUAUAAUUAAGCGGGCUUUAGCUGGGGAGAGGAUGAAAGCGCUUGAGAAUAAACUCAGACAGCUUAAAGAGUCCUUGGAGAAGAUCGAUUUUGAGAUGGACAUGGAGAUAGCAAUGGCAAGUUCAUGGAAAAAGGAAUCCAAGGUUGAGGAAAUUCCUGCUGCUGUGUGGUGAUUAACACUAGGAGAAUCAGUUGAUUUAGCAGUUUUUUGUCCCGAAAGAUGAGCAGUUUCUGCUGUUUUUGUAUAGUUGAAAUACCUUGAUCAUAUCUGUAUAGCAUACCAACCUAUGGUGAAAUGUUGGUAAGAUAAUUUUUUGACAGUAGUCAGUAGAUCCUCUUUUGUGAGCAUGAUCAUUUAGAGCACUUUUAAAAGUACAAAAGUGCAAUAGGAAAGAUUACAAGUGUAGGUCUGUAGGAUACUUUUUCCUCCAUCCAUAGGCUUGCUAACCAGCUUAAUUAGUGUCUUUUUUAUCAAAUCUUGUUUAUAUUAUUGUCCUUUAUUAGUUUUUAACGGUGUUAAUUCAUGACUAAAUAUGAAGCAUAU